AUGGUUCAGCAAGCAAAGGUCUUGAGCUCCUCUCUCGGGGCUCGACAGCUAUCUACCGAAGCGACCUCGAUCAAGGAGCUGCGCGACGAUGAACCCAACGAUGUCGUUUUCGAGAGCAAGUAUGGUCUGCGCACCGUCAUGCUCAACCGACCCAAAAAGCUCAACUCUCUCAAUGCUUCCAUGAUCCGCAAGAUUGUUCCCCGGCUGGUGGAGUGGGAAAAGUCCGACCUGGCCAACGUUGUCGUCAUGAAGGGUGCUGGUGAAAAGUCUCUGUGCGCUGGAGGUGAUGUCGCUGCCCUCGCCCACUUCAACCAGCAAGAGGACGGAUGGAAGAAGUCAGCCGAGUACUUUGCCCUCGAAUACAAGCUCGACCACUACAUUGCGACAUAUCAGAAGCCCUACAUUGCCUUCAUGGACGGUAUCACCAUGGGUGGUGGUGUUGGUCUCAGCGCCCAUGCUCCAUUCCGGAUUGCGACCGAGAAGACUGUCUUUGCCAUGCCCGAGACCACCAUCGGCUUCUUCCCCGAUGUUGGCGCUUCCUUCUUCCUCCCCCGAAUGAACGGAUCUGUCGGAACCUACCUGGCGCUGACCAGUGACCGACUCACUGGUCCUAAUGUCUUUUACUCUGGCAUUGCCACCCACUACCUCCACUCCACCAGCCUGCCCGAUCUGGAGGCUCGCCUGGCUGAGCUCCGGUUCCGAGACAGCGACGACCUGCCUGCACGACUGGCCCUUAUCAACGAGACCCUGGAGGAGUUCUGUACCGGCCUCCCCUAUGACCAGCCCUUCGCCCUGAGCGGCGAGAUUCGUCGGGCCAUUGACAGGUGCUUCAACAAGAACACCAUCAGCGACAUCAUUGCUGCCUUGGAGUCCGAGCGGGGUGCGACUGAGGAGUGGGCGCAGAAGCAGAUCAAGACUCUGCACAAGCGGUCACCCACCGCCGUGCACGUGGCCCUCCGCCAGAUGCGCGUCGGUGGCGAGUGGGAUAUCGCUGAGACCUUCAAGAAGGAGCACCAGAUCUCAUCCAAGUUCAUGCAGCAUCCUGACUUCACCGAGGGUGUGACGGCUCUGCUCAUCCGCAAGGAGACGCCCAAGUGGUCGCCCGAGUCCCUGGAGGACAUUGCUACCAAGGACAACGUGACCAAGCCCUUCUUCGAGUUUGACCCGGAGAGCGACAUCGAGCUGUUCACCGAUCGGACAUACUCGGAAUACCCUCACCAGAGUAUCGGAGUCCCCACCGAGAAGGAGAUUCGCAAGGUUCUCUCUGACGGCAGCUACAGCCAGGAGGAGCUAGCCAACAUCAUCAUCGCAUCUCGCCGGGGUCGCCAGGGUAUCUCGGAGGUGGUCAAGGAGAUCAUCGCCCGCAAGACCGAUGUGGACGCCCGCGGCAAGGCUAGGUGGUUGGCAGAUGAGUCCACGCCUGGAAGCAAAUUGUAA